AUGUCUGACAAUAUUAAGAGCAAGGUAAUAUCGAAGAUUGACUCCUCCCCUGUUUUUGCCCUUCAACUUGACGAAAGUACAGAUGUUUCCAAUCUAUCACAACUGCUUGUGUAUGCCAGAUAUGUUGAUGGUGGAAUGAUUAUUGAAGAAUUUCUCUUCUGCCAACCUUUGGAAACAACAUCAAAGGCAGCGGAUGUUUUUCAAGUGUUGGAUGAUUUUUUUACCAAUACUGGUUUAAGUUGGAGUAAGCUUGUUGGGGUAUGUACUGAUGGUGCUCCUGCCAUGAUUGGUGCAAAAUCUGGAUUGGUUUCCCUCAUAAAGCAGAGAAAUCCAGAAAUUCAAGGAACUCAUUGUAUGAUUCACAAAGCGGCCCUUGUCUCCAAAACUAUUCCAAAGAGACUUCACGAGCAUUUAUCUGUCGUAAUCAAGCUCGUUAAUUAUGUGAAAAGUUCAGCGCUCAGCACAAGACUCUUCCGCAAGCUUUGUAAAGAUAUGGAUGCCGACCAUACCACACUUUUAUAUCAUACGCAAGUACGUUGGCUGUCAAAGGGAAACAUGCUUUCCCGUAUUUUUGAAUUAAAAGAAGAAGUAAAGUUGUUUUUGGUAGCGCAACAAAAAGAUGAUCUUUUGUUAGCAUUUAGUGAAGACGGAUUUGCUACAUACUUAGCUUUCUUGCCGACAUAUUCAAAGCAUUAA